AUGCCCUAUUUGGCUUUAAAAGUCAACGAAAGCAACAAUGUUGUCACAUAUUAUGAAGGAUUUGAAGGUGAACUACUCAAAUACACGGCGGAUAGUUUAAACUUCACAACGCAAAUUCAUUGGAUGGAUCUGGAGGAGAUCAAUGAGUCAUUUAACGAUACGGGACUGAUAUUUAAGGAGAUCUUUUCCAAAUCCGCCGACUUUGCCAUUGGCGCUUUCUACUAUAAACCGAAUUUAAAUGAAACAUCACCAUAUUCACAAACAACCUACUAUUAUCUCUCUUACACCUAUUUGGUAGCGAAUGUCUUCAAUACCUACAGUCCAUAUGAAAAAAUUGCCUAUCCAUUCCAUUUGCAGCUAUGGUAUUUGAUUGGAUUAAUUCUAACUCUAAGCUCACUGCUCAUACUCGGCUGCGAGGCUAGUCAGCGUUGGCGGAAGCUACGCAACUUCAUAAUUGGUGAGAAUAACCACAUGCCUCAAUAUCAUCUCUACACAUUGGCCCUGGGUGCCACUGUUUCGUCCGCUCAAUUGCCACGUUAUAAUUUUGCACGUUUCCUGCUCGCCUGCUGGCUGCUGACCACCAUAGUUAUACGCAGUGCCUAUCAAUCGGGCAUGUACGAAAUGUUACGCAACAACAAGCAUCGCAAUCCACCCCAAACCAUUGCCGAUGUCAUCAAGCAGGACUACGUUAUUCUGCUGAAAGGUUACCACAAGAGUCUGUUAAGCAUUUUGCCCGACAUGAAGAAGGUCCGUGAAGUGAACGAAAGCCUGGUCGACGCAUUUCCUCAAUUGGCCGAGGCCAAUGAACGAACGGCCGCCUUUACGCAGUAUGAAUAUUUUGGCUAUUUGGGCAAAACUAAUUUGGCUACCUGGCGCAAGUUGCAUUUGGUCAACGAGCGUAUCUACACUCAGCAGCUGACCAUGUAUGUGCGUUCGCAAUCGUAUUUGGUGACUGAAUUAAAUGCACGAAUUUCUAAUGCCCAGUACUUUGGUUUCAUCAACCAUUGGGUGAAUAAAUACUUUGGUCGUCCGACAAAUGCCGUGGGCAAGUUCCAUCAGAGCAAUUCGACUCAGACGAAUAUUCUGUCGAUUAAUGAAUUGGGAGCUGUGUUCAUGAUUUUGUUGUGGUUACAUUUAGCGGCUGUGGGUGUAUUUGUAAUGGAAUUGCUAUGGCAUCGAUAUGAGGCAAUGGUUCAACGGUGGGCCAUUAAAAAUCGCUUUUUUGCAUCAUUGGCUGUUGUCGUUUCAAAUUUUACGGAACAUCAUAAUUAA